CAAAUGAUUGAACUUAUGGCCUUGUAUGAGUUCCAAAUGCAAUACGGAUCAAUCGGUUGGUCUGUUGGGGCAACUCUUGGAUAUGCACAGGCUGUGCCUGAGAAACGAGUGAUUGCUUGCAUUGGUGAUGGUAGCUUUCAGGUGACUGCUCAAGAUGUGUCGACAAUGCUGCGAUGCGGACAGAAGUCCAUCAUUUUCCUGAUCAACAAUGGUGGAUACACAGUGUCUGUUACUUCAAUUGAUCCCACAAAUGGGUCAUUCUAACAUUCAAAGAGAUGAGAAAUAAAGGGAAAGAUUUACCUGUCCAUUUUUUCUUGACGUUUCUAAUAGCAAUAGCCAGUAGUUUUCCCGUGGUCUAGAUUUUCAAUGGUUCCAUCAUUAACACGUGGUUUCCUAUGCAGAAGCCAAAGGAGACGACAGUUUACAUUCCAUGUUUUGUUCUCCUCAUAUAUAGAUUGAUGAAUUGGACUUGCGUUUGAGCGGAAGUGACCAUAGAUCCCCGCCGUAAAGAGAAGGGAGCGGAGGCAUUUCAAUGGUGUAAGAGGGAAACAGGAGGAAGAGCACGCUUUGAACUGCGGUUUCUGAGAGCAAGAACAGCCGUGGGGUUGGAACAGAAUCUAAGAAGAGCGGAGGGUU